CUCUCUCUCUCGGGUUUUAACGAGGGCUUUUGGAAUCUGUUCCUCCGCUCCAAAACCCUAGAUUCAAUUUCUCAAUCCGAAACCGAGCAAUGUCGUUCUCUUUAUUCUCUAUCCCACAGCAGCAGCAGCAGCAGAUGCAGACGCCACAAACGCUGUUCCAGACGCAGCCGCAGGCGUUUCAGCAGCAGAGCACUCCCUUCUUCUCGCAACCGCAAUUCCCGCAGCAAACGCCGACAUUUCAGCAGCAGCAGCAGCAGCAGCAGCAGCGGCCGCAGCAGCAACCGCAGUUGUACCUGUUCACGAACGAUAAGGCGCUGGCGAAUUACAGCACCAAAUGGGCCGAUCUUCAUCCGGAUUCUCAAAAGCUCCUGCUCAAGAUUGAAGAGAGGAUACUGGGGUAUAGAGAUGAAAGCCAGAGGUUAGAUCAGUGUAGUCGCCUUUACGAUUCCUCUGUCUCAAAUGAAGUGUUCGAGCUUGAUGCAAGCCGCAUUGUUCAGGAGCUUGGUGGGAUAAGUACUGCCAUGGACCGGCAGAAAGUCGUUCUGCAAGAGCUUAUGGUUGUUGCUAAAGAUAUGCUACGUAAUGCUGAAAUCGCCGUCCGUUCUUUUAUGAUGCUACGGCCGAGAUUUCUUCACUCUAAACAAGGAAGUGGAGUAUCUUCCGGUCAACCAUCUCAAACCCCGGGAGGAGCAAUUCCGACCGCAGUUUCUUCGGGUCAACCUGCAGCUACUUCCUUAGUUCCCGUUGCCGAUUUUUACCGUGGGAUUCCAAAGAAACCAUCCCCUUUUAUACAGCAAACUGUUGUAAGGUUUGAGAAGUAUCUGGGCGAGUGCCGACAAUGGAUCGAAGAGUUGGAACAACUGCUUGCCUUGGAUUCAGACAAGAACACUAGACAUGCUUCCCUUUUAGAAGCUCUUCCUAAAGUCAUGUCUAAUGUGCACGAUUUCUUUGUUCAUGUCGCAGCCAAGGUGGAGAAUAUUCAUCAGUACAUUGAAUCAAUGAGAACUGCAUACCUUGCUGACCAGCGACGGAGGGGAGAAUGUAAUGAUCCGUUCCUCGAGGCUGAUCGAAGGGAAACAGCGAAACAAGAAGCUGCUGCUAAAAGGGUGCACCCGACUCUGCAUCUACCUGCCAGUACACAACCCUCGACUCAGGUUGCGGGGCUGUUUGCCAGCUCAGCGACUCCGGGGGCUUCAAAUGCACCACAGGCAUCGGCACCCGCUCUGAUGCCAGCGGCAGUGGCAGCUUCUUCUUCGGGAGGUGGCUUUUCUCUUUUCACCACACCUUCCUCUGCUCCGUCCUCUUCUCUAUUUGCAACGCCAUCUUCUGUUGCUCCUACCUCCUCUUUGUUCGGAUCAUCCAAUGCUUCCUCUCAGCCAUCGCUUUUCGGUUCAGCAUCAUCUACUCUGUUUGGACCGACCUCAACCCCAUCUUUGUUCGGCGGUUCAACUCCGUCCCUUGGCGUUACACCUUCCCCGGGAUUCGCAACACCAUUUGGUACUGGUGCUCCAAUGGGUUCGGGGGCCAGCUUUGGCACUGUAUCGAAAUCUUCGAGGCCAAAAUCUCGAACAGCACGUCGUUAACCAUGGAAUAACGCUCUUUCACCAAACUGCGUCCCAUCUCAUGUUUCAGAGCAAGCAACGGAGGACUAACUUGUCGGUUUAUGACAGUGAUGGAACUGUAAGUUACAAGAGCUUGUAAUCAUACACAGUGAAACCGAUUAGGGCUUUAUGCAUGUUUUAUCUGCAACCUUUUAUUGUCUGUAAUUCAUUACAUCAAACCCUUCUUCCAUAUAUAUAUAUAUAGAGAUCUUGAUUAUGCAUCA